AUGCCCCCGAAUCGUUUACCACAGCCAGGAUUUGGAAGCUCCAAGUCGUGUCGCUCCUCGACGAACAGCAAUGCUUUUGACGACCUACCGCCUACACAUAAACAGAUCCCUAACGCAACGCUUAUCAUUCUUUUCAACACUCUGCUUCUCGAGAAAAACACACAACAAGCAGAAUUCCGUAUAGACCGAGUACGAUUUCGCUACCCGACACCCGGACGCACAUAUGGCUACGCAGCUUGUAUCGACGGUGCGUGCUUCCUGAAACCAGAAGCGUCUCCACCUAGCACCUUCACUGAAGUUACUGGCGUCAAGCAGGCUGUAUCUGAGGUGAAGCCCUUCCCGCGAGAUUCGAGGGUCUUGCGUAAGAAAGGUCUAACAACCGAGACAGCCCUCACAAAUGCGGACUGGAACUUAGCGCUAGAACUACAGGAGAUGUCACAACUGGUAGCGUGGAUGACUACCCAUCUUAGAGCCUACAAUAACAUCGCAAAGCAUGAGCUGAUCAGUAAUAAGCCGUGUAAUUACCAACGAGUAUCGCUCUCCCAAUGUUCCGACGAGAUAUGGAUCAAUUUCUCGCGCUACGAUGAUUCGGCACGUGCGAACCUAUACGCACACGCUACUAUGGCUUAUCCCUUCGAACCUAGUAACGCAGCACAUACGGAAGCGCUGUUCAAAGCCACAAACGCACAUAUAACUUGGCGCAUCACUAAGCUCUCACCACACCCAGAGCCCAAUUUAUCCUACCAUCGCAGACCGAGAGGCCAGGAUGGGACAAGGGGAACCUAUCAAGAUCCACUAAGUGCUAUAUCUAAUACACAAGCGAGCCUAGAUGUCUUGAAUAACAAGAAGGGGGCUAUAACUUUCGACAAUCAAACGUGA